AUGUCUACCUCACACCGUCCCACCAUCGAGGGCGCAGUCGAGGAGAGUGAGGAAUCUCGAAUGUUAUUACUCUACGCACUUUACAUUCCGCAUCAUAACCCCGCAGACAUCUCUCGCGCGGAUCUGUACAUCCAAAACUUCAUGCACGACUCAUCGGACAUCCAGAACAGGCGUCCGGAUGUGGAGCCGCCCUACUCCUGUGCAGAGCGCUUGGCCGUCGAAGACUGGAGACAGCGGGCCAAGCUACAGCUGACGACGCGUAUAUCCAGCUACCGAUACACACCAUCAGACGAUAAAAGCGCUAUUCCCUACUCGAAACCAUAUAACUGGCGCUGUACCCGUACAGAACAUCGAACGCUUCAAAUACCUGAGUUGCUAGACAUCAUACUUCAAUUCGCAGGGCCUGCGGUGCAGAUACAAGCGUUGCGUGUGUCAAAGAGCUGGCGCUCCACUGCAUUUGCUAUCAUGAUUAGUCGCAAUAUCGCUGCUUUAUACCGUACAACACCAACGCGUCCCAUGACCGUAGAGUACGGGCGGCUUAUCAACGAAGACGUCAUUGCGCCUCUGCAGCCCAGUCUUGAGGAAAUGAAGAACUUCGAGUUAGAUGUUGAACGUGUCUACAAGAGAUGGCUCGAAUCGAGUGUAAAGGUUGAGAUGAACUCGUAUCUUGAUGCACUAUUCGCAGAAGAACAUCAGAGCAAGCAGCAUCUUGGUAGAUGGGAGAUCUGCCUAAGGCCAGAGGCAACACCAAAAACACUUCUUCUCAACUACUUCCUCUCGAACACGGUCUUGCUAGAUGCCCUUGGGUCAAUGCAUGUUACUACGCCACCCUGCAGAGCCUUGGGCAUUUACUAUGAUGAUCUCUGGAAGACUACUGGAUACGGACACAAUACUCUCCUUACCAGGAUCCGGAAUGACCAAGGUGUACGCAUUUUCGAGCUUAUGGCCGCACUAAAGCGCUUCGCGCCUGUUGUGCUGGAAGCUUGGCUCAAAGACACUGAAUGGCUAGUUGGUGAGAUACAAAAGGCGCACUGGAUUGACGACAUCUGGAGAAUACCCAGUGCGCCCGCGAUUCGGAUCUUUUUGGACAGCGCCCAGAUGCCAGAUGAAUCACAUCCUCUCGGACCAAGUCCGUCGCCAGAUGAACAGUGCGCCUACCAUGAUUCGAGACCUAGGGUGCUCGGCUUCUCAAGCCACAUCACUCGUGCUGCUCUGAUGAGUGUAGAGCCCUGUAGGAGAUCAAGAGAGAAGGCGUGGAUAUCUGAGGAUCUUAUCGAGCCCGCUCAAAGUACUACCGGCCGACAUCCUAUUAACUGGGAUACAUGA